AUGCAACCAGACAUGUCCUUGGAUGACAUUAAGAUGAAAUCAACUGACUUUCUGCAAACGAUGCACAUAGAUAAUGGGGGCUUUGGAAAAGUGUCCCUGUGUCGUCACAGAAUCCAUGGAUUUGUGAUCCUGAAAAAAGUAUACACAGGGCCCAAGCGUACUGAAUAUAAUGAGUCCCUCCUUGAAGAAGGGAAGAUGAUGCACAGACUGAAUCAUAAUCGGGUGGUAAAGCUCCUGGGUGUCAUCAUCGAGGAUGGCAACUACUCUCUAGUGAUGGAGUACAUGGAGAAGGGAAACCUGAUGCAAGUGCUGAAAGGGGAGAUCAACAUCCCCCUUUCUGUGAAAGGAAGGAUAAUUUUGGAGACCAUUGAAGGAAUGUGCUACUUACAUGGAGAAGGUGUAAUACACAAGGACCUAAAACCUGAGAAUAUUCUCGUUGAUAAUGACUUUCACAUUAAGAUAGCUGAUCUUGGUGUUGCGUCCUUUAAGACGUGGAGUAAACUUACUAAAGAGGAACAUAAUGAGCAGAGGAAAAUGAAUAAUACCUCCAAGAAAAAUGGUGGAACCCUUUGCUACAUGGCCCCUGAGCAUCUGAAUGAUGUCAACGCAAAGCCUACAGAGAAAUCAGAUGUGUACAGCUUUGCUGUAGUACUUUGGGCAAUUUUUGCUAAUAAGGAGCCAUAUGAAAAUGCGAUCUGUGAGCAGCAGUUGAUAUUAUGCAUUAAAUCUGGGAACAGACCAAGUGUGGAAGACAUCACUGAAUACUGCCCAGAGGAGAUUAUUAGCCUCAUGAAGCGUUGCUGGGAGGCAAACCCCCAAGUACGGCCAACAUUUGCUGGGAUUGAAGAAAAUUUCAGGUCUUUUUAUUUAAAACAAUUAAAAGAAAAUAUAGAAGAGGAUGUGAAAAGUUUAAAGAAAGAAUAUCAGGACCAAAAUACAGUCAUCAAGAGAAUGCAGUCCCUCCAAAUUGAUUGUGUAGCAGUACCUCCAAGCAGGUCAAACUCAGCCACUGAACAGCCUAGCUCGCUGCACAGUUCACAGGGACUCAGGAUGGGUCCCGUGGAGGAGUCCUGGUUUGGUCCUUCCUUGGAGUACCAGGAAGAAGAGAAUGAGGUUUGCCUGCAGAGUAAACUUCAGGAGGAGGCCAACUACCAUCUUUUUGGCAGCCGCAUGGACAGGAAGGAAAAAUGGCAACCCAGACAGAAUGUGGCUUAUAACAGAGAAGAGGAAAGGCAACGAAGGGUCUCCCAUGACCCCUUUCUACAGCAGAGACCUUAUGAGAAUACUCAGAACCCAGGGGUAAAAGGCAUUGCCUAUCCCAGUGUAACUAGUCAUGCUGAUGCAUUACUACAACUCUCAGGGCUAACCAGCCAAUCCCAAGUACCAUACUGGAACAACGGUUUAUAUAACAGUUCACAUGGUUUGGGAGCCAGACCAGUGGAUCUAGGAACAGCAGGUCCAAGACCAUGGUAUGGACCAAAUCCUAGUCUGAUGCCUAACCUGCAUAAAACUCCAGUGCCUGAGAGCAACAUAUUGGGAAACACAUCAACCAUUCCAUUCAGUUCCUUCCCAUCAACAGAUGAGUCUAUCAAAUACAGCAUUUACAAUAGCACUGGCAUUCAGAUUGGAAACUACAAUUACAUGGUUGGUGGAACAAGUGCACUGCCACUGGAAAGCACAUAUAUGAACUUCAAAGAAGAGCCAGCAUCAAAAUACCAAGAGAUAUUUGAUAAUAUCACCAGUCUGACUGAUAAACACCUGGACCCAGUCAGGGAAAAUCUGGGAAGGGACUGGAAAAAAUGUGCCCGUAAGCUGGGCUUCACCGAACCUCAGAUUGAUGAAAUUGACCAUGACUAUGAGCGAGAUGGACUCAAAGAGAAAGUUUACCAGAUGCUCCAAAAGUGGCUGAUGAGGGAAGGCAAUAAGGGGGCCACAGUGGGAAAGCUGGCAUAUGCACUCUACCUAUGUUCACGAACAGAUCUUCUCAACUAUUUGAUACAUGUCAGCCAGAACUAA